AUGGAGCCCACUUGGGAGCUGGCAGAUGACCCCAGGUUCUCCCGCCCUUUGGUGGAGAUGCUGAUCAGGAACUUCAGCGUGCCGGCCGCCUGCUUCUCCCUGCCGCCCACCUCCCAGCAUCUGCUGCACCAGCUGGACAUGGCCCAACUCAUCAUCCUGGGCCUCUGCACCAUCAUGACGCUGCUGUCAGUUGUGAUCUAUGUGGAAGAGGUUUCGUACCUCUUCCGCAAGAUCCGCUGCCCUAUCAAGAUGAAGACCCUCUGCUGGAGCAGCUCAGCCCCUACGGUUGUGUCAGUGAUCAGCUGCUUUGGCCUGUGGUUCCCGCGCUCCAUGAUGGUGGUGGAGAUGGCAACCACGGCGUACUUUGCUGUCUGCUUCUACCUGCUGAUGAUGGUCAUGGUGGAGGGCUUUGGGGGGAAGGAAGCACUGCUCAGCACCCUGAAGGAUGUGCCCAUGGUGGUCAGCACUGGGCCCUGCUGCUGCUGCUGUCCCUGCCUGCCCAAAAUCACCAUGAGCAGGAAAAAGCUCAAGUUGAUGAUCCUGGGGACUUUCCAGUACGCGUUCUUCAAGGCAGUCGCUGUCUUCCUGGGGCUGGUCCUGGCCACCGAUGGGAAUUACAACCCUGCUGACAUUUCAGGGGAGAGCGUGGCCCUCUGGAUCAACACCUUGAUUGGUGCCUCCGCCCUCUUUGGGCUGUGGGGCCUGGGCAUCCUCUUCCGGCAGGCCCGGCUGCACCUGGCUGAGCAGAACAUGCAGGCCAAGUUCACCUGUUUCCAGAUCCUGCUCCUCCUGACGGCGCUCCAGCCUGCCAUCUUCAGCAUCCUGGCCAACAACGGCAGCAUUGCCUGCUCGCCGCCCUUCUCCUCCAAGGCCAGGUCCCAGCAGAUGAACGUGCAGCUGCUGAUCCCGCAGACCUUCAUCCUGGCGGUGCUGACACGGAUGUACUACCGCAAGCAGGACGACAAACCGGGCUACCAGCCCGUCAGCUUCGCACCCACAGGCGCCGACGCCAAGGCGUGA